GCAUUUGCAAAAAUAAAGAGGAUAUAUUGGGUAAUGUCACUGAUUGAUGAUUAUAAAAGAAAACCGAAUAUAAUUGAGAUCUACGAAAGUUUUAAUGGGUUUUUUUGAAUGAGUUGGGAUUAUAUUUAUCAUUUCUUAUUAAGAGCUCUUUUUCAUUCAGUAUAUCUAAGAAUUGUUGACUAUGUUGUAAACCUAAAUUAAACAAAUUUAUGAUCUCGCUAUAAAAUAAAUAGGAAAUUAGCAAAUAAUUGCUUAGACUUAAAUUGUAGAAUUAUCCAAGAAUUUGAUGCAUGUUUGAG